AUGAAAUUCGGGAUUCUCAUUGUGCUUUUCGGAAUCGCUUUCGCUCAACGGGGUGGUGGCGGUGACCGAGGGGAUGGCGAUCGAGGACGAGGCGGUCGCAGAGACUCCGGAGAAGGAAGAGGAGACGGUGGCAGAGGCUCCGGAGAUGGGAGAGGAGACGGUGGGAGAGGCGGUUUCCCUGGCGGUGGCUUUCCAGGAGGAGGAUCAAACAGUGGUGGUGGAGGAAGUGGAAGUGGAGGAAGUGGAGGACAGAUGGGUGGACAACCACAACAGCCUCAACCAGUCCCACCGCAGCCUCUCCCCUCUCCUCCACAGCCAAUCCCACCACCGUCGAAUCAAGGAGGGUUCCCCGGCGGUAACCCAUUCCCACCGCGCUUCCCACCACCAAAUUUCCCGUCGUGUCCACCAAGUUGCCGUCAAGUGCCAAUCGGUGGCGGCGGCUCGUGCGGUUUCGGUUUUGGCGGUGGAUUUGGUGGAGGAUUUGAUUGCACCCGUUGUUGCCAAUCGGUGAUCCAGAGCAGCUUCUGGUUUGGGAUGUCUUCAUUCUUCCAACGUUCCCAAUUCGGUGCCUCGUGCAACUGUUGUGUUCGCGGAUUUUGUCGGGGU